UUUUAUAGAUAUCAACCAUGAUUGUUCAACAACAAUAGUCGAAUUGAAUUAUCCUUGGGAAUGUCGAUCACCAGCGAGCCAUAUGGUGGGGAAGUGGUGUCCCAAGGAAUAAUCACCAAGUUUAAUUUUAUGGAGAAUGAACUAAAACGUGCAUCUCCGUUAAGUCAUGAAAAUAUCAGGGAAAGUCUGACUGUCAAUGAGGAGAUAAUUGUGAGUGCUAAUGGACAUUUGCCAGGUAAAGUUGAUUGUCAGACUCGGUCUACUGUGUACUUUGAAGAGGAUCUAGAAACAUGCGACGAUAUACCUGCUAGGUUUGAGGAAUCCAUAGAUAUUGUUCCAUUGUCAGACGAUUCGUCGAUUACCGAGAAGUGGGAUUGUGAAAAUGUUGAGAUACCUAUUUCAAAG